GCGAUGGCAUUGUAGUGCGUUUUUGCGCCGUUAGCGAGAGCCACGCACAUUCGCGGCAAAGCGGUCUCUGCGGUCUUGCGAGACGUGAGAAAGCACUUAUAUUUCCAGGACCAGGUGUUCAAGGAGCAUCGCUAAUCGCGUAAGAAACAUGGCACUUACACUCAUCAACGAGAACUUAGUCCUCAGUGAACAACAGUUCGCGUGGGUGUCUGCAGCACGAGAGGCGCUAGGGUACCACCACUACUAUACGGGAGACGGCAUCACCGAAAACCCUUAUGCAUUCAACCUCAGCUCCAGCAUUCAAGGGGGAGCUAUCGUCAUCACCGUCGUCCUAAGUGUGCCUGACAAUAACAAAAAGUUCGACUUCUCCUUGGAGCACAUUUUUGAAGUCGACGGGAUUCACUACAAAUCAUCGGUGGACUCCUCGAACAAGAUGAAAGUGGACGCAAAUACCAGUGCUACGGGUGUGCACGGAACCACCUUAACCGGGAACGACGUAGCGAUCUUGCCUGGCACUCAUGUCUUUCGUGUACUGAUGGAGCGAAGAGCAUAUUUACGCUUCUACUGGGACGACAAGGAAUUUUUGAAAGAUCCUAUCCGGAGAUUCAGCUCCUUGCGGAGGCUAAUCAUCCAUGCCGAUGCGCUGACCGUCUACGAGGCGCAUUUUACAGAAUCGAAUGGAAGGCGUGCAUACGUCUUCAGCGGAAACGGAUUGGAAGUGCCACUCAUGCCAGUGCUGUACGCGGGCUCUUAUGUCAGCUUCAGCGGAACAGCACUCGAUAAUAAGCGGUCUUGGGUGCAGAUUCGUGUCCUUCUGAGCCAGGACGACCCGAAUGAGACCUUUUUCAUUCGCAAGGACGCGACACUAAGCCCAGCGGAAAUCAAGGUAGUGGUAAAUGUGUACGAGAGCCACUACGCAGUCUGGACCGAUGAAGGUUUCCAAGCUGUUUAUGCCACGAAGAUAAGGGAGCCACGUUCCUUCUCUAUAUACGAAUUUGUGUUGAGCAGCGCUCUCUUGUGCGUGCCGUCAAGUUAGGAAUGCUGAAGCCAUCUUAUGCCGCACACACCCACUCGCCGGUGUGCAGUUUCCACAGAUAUUCUAUUCACAUGAGCAUAUUUUCGCUGCAAUAAAGCUACUUCAGGUACAAAUUGA